GUACGCCUCGCGACGCCGAUGGGACUUGUGUUCGUGAUACACACUUAGGUUAGCGUUUAGUGUUCGCCAGCAGUAGCUUUUGUACAGUGUUUUAAUCUAUAUACAUACAAAUAUAUAUACAUACAUACACGCGCGGGCACACACAUACAUAUACACAUAUAUAUAUUUUCUUAACCGAUUGUUAAAUUCGUGAACGGAAGAGACUGCGUAACCGAUCGAAUUUACAAUACGUCCAGUUUGACCAACCACAAAGAUUCAUUGUAUUUUCGUCUCAACGAAUUGCUGCGAAUAAGCCGGGUCCACAGCGUGUCGUUCACCUUCUCUCGGCCACGAGAAGAAAAACGAAAUUUUUGGAAACUCCAAAAAUACACUGUGAUCUUUCCUACUAACCAAUUUGUCCUUGUCAAGGUGUCGGUAGCUUUUUUCUAACUCCUAUGUGUAGUCUCCUGGUGUAAUCUCUAUUCCUUAUUUUACGACUCGAUGUUAACCAGAAAAGCUCCUACAAUCAGUCGAUUGUAAUCGCGAAUUACAUAGCAAGUGUCACGAGUAACGGUUGGCGUUUGCGAUUGGAGAAUAGAGAAAAGAUAUAGGGAAAGAAGAGAACAAGGAAGAGCCGAGUGAAAAUGGGGUGCAAUACGAGCAAGGAAAGUGUCCAGCCGGUAGGGGAUGAAGCGAAGGAGGACGGGAAGAACGGCGAUAUCUCAAACGCAGAAAGCAGCUCAACGAAAGUAGAGUCGCAAGAAGCUUCACAAAAAAAGUCGCAAGAGGGAAAGAAGGAGGCAGAUUCGAAAAAUUCGAACGAGAAAAAAGAAGAGGGGAAGAAGGAAGAAAAGGGUACGGACAAAGAAAGGGAAGCGGCUGCAACCAGGAUACAAGCAGCUUUCCGUGGCCAUCACGCCAGGAAGAGUAUGAAAGAGACUGAAUCCUCGAUAAAGCAGACGGGGACCAAAUCAAACUCAGAGCCAACCAAAGAACAACUUCAGCAGGAGUUCCGCGCCGACGACAAGGAGCUUUGCGACGCGGCGACCAAAAUCCAGGCAUCUUUCCGUGGCCACAUGUCGAGAAAGGAGCAAGCUACAGCCCUUGCGAAAUCGGCGGAGAAUGCCGUCGAUAAUGUCGUCUCCAAGAUGGAGGAGAAGGCGAAGGACGCCGUGAACGAGCUUGAGGGUAUCGAUCUCACGGAUCCUGAUCUACACAAGGCAGCGACGAAGAUCCAAGCAAGCUUCCGAGGUCACAAGGUCCGCCAAGAAGUGUUAUCGAAUCCUGUGCACGAUGCGCCUAAAAAUUAAGGAUGAGAUUGGAGUGUUGAUUUUUAAAAAUCAGAUCGCCGAUAGUAUGCCCGAAAUAAAACUAAGAACGAAGACGGAAAAAAGAGACAAAAAAUACAAACAUAAAAGAAAAAUAAGUCGAACAAUCAAAACAUAAGCAGUAAAUCGGGCUUCGUCUUUGCUUUUUCGUUUGUCGCUGAGUCGAAUCCGCUUCAUUCUGCGGCACGAUUAUUAUCUAAAUUGUACGUUCCGCUGUGAUUUGUUUAAAACUGAGCUUGUAAGUUCGCAUAAAUCUUCAAACACGGAUAAUCCCCGUCAAACAAUUUUCCAUCCGAAUUCGUACUUACGUAUUUUUCGCCCUUUUGGAAAUAUGGUAUUCCAAAUAUAUGGAUAUUAUUUAUUCUGGUUAUACAUGAUUUUCAAUUUCUAUAUUGAAGAUCCGUUAAAUUCGCAUUAAGCACACCCGCCUAUUUCAGGCUAGUAUGCUUAUUGCUUAAUAUUUUAAAAUACAUGUAUGUAUUACAUACUAUCAACAUCCUUGUUAUUCAUAUUUCGUCGAGAUACGAAUCUUAAUAGUUGAAGGAACAAAUUGAAGAAAACGGACAAGUCGAUAAAAAGACCACGCUACUUAUAAUACCGAGCAUAGCAUUAUAAUAACACGUUGAAUCGAAUCGCGGUCAAGCAUGAAUGAAAUACACUUAUUUUAGUAGAAGAAGACUGUUUGAGCUUCACCCACUGGUUGGCCAAAAGAAUGAACGAAAAGGAGCUAGACAAAACUAAAGAAACGCAGUGGGAAAUUAAUUGGCUGGAUAGCCGAGCGAAGCCAGCAGCCUUUUCAUAAAUUCGAAGCGCGAAUAAAGGAGCACAGCGGGUGAGUGCGUUUCUUCGAGCAGAUCCAAUUACGUGGAUCGAUUUAAUCGCUCGGCCGCGUAUUCAAUAUUUCAGUGCGGAAGUUUUCGUUUAAUCAACCGACACGUGAAACUAGUGCGUUCAAGAUGAACACGGUGAACGCUCGAUAAAUUUGCCAGUCCGUUGUCAAUGCGAAAUUUAUUGGCAGUCGAAAAAGCUUGGAAAGGAUUAUUUGCGAUAGCGAGCGCCAAUAUAUGUACGUAUGGAUGGCUGAUUCAAAAUUUCGACAAUAGAUUGCACGGGGCGCGAUGCACACGCUACCGCCGCAUUCUCUUCCUCCCUUGUAUAAUUUUACCGUACGAGAACCACCGUCGAGACUCAACUACUCGGCCAUUCGUAUCGGACGUUCCUCUUUUAUGUUAUACACUGUACACCAUGAAGAUUCGCAAAUGAAAACAGUGAAAGAUUACAAACACCGAAUAAUUAAAAUGUCAUCCGACCACAUACUCGAUACGUGAAAUCACGAGUCUGCUCGCCAUAAGAGGGUGGAGUCGUGUUGUUCCUUGCAAAAGUGAAUUAAUUUGAAAAAAUACGGCACGAACAUAAUAGCAGCUGCAAUCUUUGAUAAUCAAUCGAAAGUCGAUCGUUUCUUUCUCUUUCCGAGUGUAUACUCGUAAUAUCGUUCACAUCGAUAAAUUUAAUUUCGCGCUAUAACAAGUCGAUUGAAUUCGUUGAUCAUAUUGUAACGCUUCAUGUAAAUCCAACCAGAUAUAAAGAAAUAUAUGUACAUAAUGAUGUUACGAAUAUGAAAACAAUAGAGAAUUAUUGGUCGGAAAUUAUCCCCUAGUAAGGCGCAUGCCUGAGCAAACAACAUGUUUAAUCGAUAAACGUGUCGUCCAAAUUACAUUGCUCUAACUUUAAGGAUCUCCAUACCGUUAUGUUUAACCGCAAGUUAUUUUUCAAACACCAAAUGCAAAUAUUUUUACGUGUUUAGAUCGUAUAUUACGACACACAAUUAUGGAUAUAUGUACACAUACAUACACGCAGAUGCUUUUGCCACCCCUUAGACGCAAUAAUUCGACGACAAAGAGGUUACAACGCUCCAGUCGAACUGCCAUGUAACGGGAGCGCGUUUCAUAUCAUUCUAUUCUCAUCUAGUCCGUGGUUUUAAUUUUUUCGGAUUUGUUUUAAUUCGAGUCAACCUAACCCCCAAUCGGUGGAAGAGUAAUACGUUGUUUUUAGCAGGCCUAAAAACAUUACGAAGCUUUUUACAAUCUUUACGAGCACACGUGCAAACUUUCUUCAAAUUCCCGAUGAUUGUCGAUUUUCGACCUAUUCGGUUAUUAAUGAGAGACAUAAAAAUCGAUAUUAAGAAAUACAUGGUGAUUUGUUCGACAAAGAAUCUUUUUUGCUUUUAAAAAUGAGAAAAUGAUGACGCACCGUUCAAGAUGAUUAAACAAUUUGCCGGUAUAGCUGGUCAUAAUGUAACGAAAUACUUAAUGUUUUACAAAUUCUCUUUAAAUACAAAUAAAAGUAUUAUAUCAAGCACGCUGUGCGUUUACUUACAUUUGAUGUUAUCUUUGAUUUGUACUGGGUAAUUGGUCAGAUCAAGGACUUUUUGAACAGAACAUCUUUUGUCUGAAUUAUAUAUAUGUAUAAUUAUAUAUGUUGCCUAAAAAAUAAGCGUGCAGCGUUGAAAUACUAUUAUUAUUAUUAGUAUGAAGUACAACGUUUAUUGUGAUAAAAAUUUUACAAAAUAUUCUUUUAAAAAUUCAAGCAUUUUUCUUUAACUUUUUUAUGCUUUAUCUAAGGAUAAUUCAAAUAUUUUAUAUUAUUUCAACUAUUAUUGUAAUUAUUAAAUCCUACCAACUAUGCUCUCUUUGUUUCACGUUAUUAACCACGGGUGAAAUAAAGAAAAACCUUUCGUACAACUAUCGAGCGGCUUCAUUAUGCAUAUACUCAUGUUCCUGGAAUUAUUGCAUAAUUUAUGACGCACUGAGUUGACCAUGAUAACAUUAAAUGUUCAGUAGGAACUGUUAUCGUUUUAUCAGUUUCAUUAACGACCUAACUGUUGACUUUGGUUGUCGUUUAUUUCUCCUGUAAAUAUUUUCGAUAUGCGUCACCGAUUCUUGUCACGCGUUGUCAUGUAUCACAACGUUUCUAACGGAUAUUGCGCAAAACACGAUUGUAUUUUCGGAAAAUAACUCAAUUAUGUACGUGUACAUGCACGAUUAAUAUUAUUAAUACUUGGAAACACAUGUUACACAAAUUUUUGCACUUGUCUCUGAUAAUCGUAAAAAGUUAUUGAGAAAUUGUUAUAUAUAGUAGUAAGCAAAUUUUAGACGCUACGCCGAAAUAAAAAAAUUAAGUACGGUUUAAGAAACGUAGAAUUCCGCAAAGAGCUCGAUUCUAUACAGUAUUCUCAUACUGAAAUGCACACUAUGAACAAAAUGUGAAUACUAUACCGUUAUCAUAUAUAUACAGUUAUUGUAUUAUUAGUAAUCUUUUAUGUUGAAGGAAUGAAUCUCUAAAAUUUCUCUUCGUAGAUAUCAAAGAACUCUUACACUUGUCAUUGUAUAUGUGAAAAAUAUUUAUCAAUUUCUUAUAACUUCUACUUCAUAAUUAUAUUAUUUUCAUUUAUCUGUUAACCUAAUAAUUGACAAAAAAGGAUUGCAAAUUUGAAAUCACGUUUUCAAAUAUCGUUCAUGCUUUAUCGAUUCCAAUUCUCUUGCAUUUUCACGUUACCUCAUAGGAUACAACUGAUCGCUUUUAGAAAGCUGGUGAAAAUAUUAUUAUCGUUGAAAAUGUCUAUGAAAGUCAGUAUAUGGUCGAUGAUUAACCAAUCGAACAUUCAAAUCAUGAUCCAUAUACUUGCUUAAUUUAGUUUUGUUCGCGAAUAACCAAACAGGAAAUUUGACAUAUAAAAUUUGAAAGCCGAUUCACACUGUGUCCUAUCGAGUCUCGGUAACGACGCUAGAAAUCUAUAUAGAGAACGAUCUAAUAUAUUAAACCUAUUUAUAAUAUUAUAUUCCUGUUAUAAUAAUAUUUGUAUGCUACACCAACUAAGAAGCUCCUGUACGAAUAUUAUUAUAAUCCACACUGACAUUCUAUACAUAUACAUAUAUUAAUACUAUUAAUAUAUUGUGUUUAUAUUAUAUGUUAUAUGUGUAUAAUAAUAUUAAUAUUGUCGAAUAUAUAAAUAUUUAUGAUGUCCGUCAAUGACAUGAUACGGCAAUUGCAUUUUUAUUAUUGCCGUCUAGUGGGGAUCGGCUUUAUAUUUUCACAAAGAAUUAUCAUUCGUUUACAGAGAAAUUCAUUUUUUGAUAUUUCAACUAAAGAAAUAAAUAUAUUAUAAGUACUUUUUUAAACCGAGAAUGAAUAGUGCAAAGUUGAAAUUGGGCAUUCUACAACGUUGCGUAUUCAAAUAUGAAAAUUAUAUAUUUCCAGGAUAGAAUUUCUCUUGGAAGCAAAUACACGGACAAAUGAUGGAUAACUUUAUUUGCUCUAAGCAAAAUUCUGGUGUAAGAAAAUUCAUAUUAUCGAAGAAUAAUUAAAAAUUUUUUAAUAUUUUGAAGCUUCUGUAGUUGCAAGGGUAUUUCUCACUGCGUAUGGUACGCGAUUAUGAGGUCAAGAAUUAACGGAGAAGGUUAUUGUAAUAAAUUAUAGGCAUUUUCUUCGGUAUAUGACGUUACCACACAGAUAUAGAUUAGUAACGCACAAGAUGUUGCGAGAAAUUGUAUUGUAAGGAUGUAACAAACAAUUGUAAUGUUUAAACGAGCAGUACCAUACAUGUAAUCUGUUUGUUUAAAAUAAAUACCCAUUAAGUGUACAAACAA